GCUCAGCCAUGCAGCCAUGGGAGGCAUCGAGAAAUAUCUGCCAGGCGGAUGGUGGCGAUCUGGUCACAUUCGAUAAUUGCGAGCAGUUCGGAGUAGUGGCUAAUUACUUCCUCGAGGAAGAUUUGCAGCACAUAACCUACUUCUGGUUGGGCGGCUACCAGGUAGCCGGGACGAACGACUGGUUUUGGCUCGACAAUUCUUCGAUUCCCAUGGGACUUCCUUAUUGGGGUCAGUUCGGCUCCGGUGGAUUGGUCCCCGACAACCCGAAGGUCGAGCAGUGUCUGGAACUCGGUUAUGACUAUCGGCAUCGGUUCAAUGAUCUUGACUGCCUAGAGUUACGCCGGCCGCUCUGCAUGGCAUCGCCAGUUGAAUGACAACUUAUGGCAUGAAUCACAUUUUCAUAGCACAAUCAUAGUUUUCAAGGUAAAAACUUUCAGAGAAUGCAAUACCGAAUACCAGAGAAUACCAAUACCAUAAUAUUUGAACAUGUUAUCUCGAGUCCGCGAGUAUAGUAAUAUAAAAUGAAUACGGAGCUGUGCAUCUUGCUUUUUAAUAUAAUGCUUACAUUCAAUUAGUUGGAAAUGAAACACAUGUAAUUCAAGUUUAACGUUUUUUUUGCAAAUGAGCUCGUAGUCCCGCGUAUCGUUGUUGGGGUCAGUUUGUUAAAUAAAAAAUCAAUAAAUUGGCUGAAAUA